ACAUCCUCAUCUCCGCCAAAAAUGGCCAGUAAAUCGAAUAAAACCACAAAAACCAUUAUCACUUUUAUAGCGGCCUAUUUCGAGGAUAGUAACAUACACGGCCUGAAAUAUGUGGUUAAAGGAGAUCUAACAACAAUUGAAAAAUGCCUCUGGUUGACGCUCUUAAUUAUAUCGAUGUUUUUUUGCGUAAAAAUCGGUUUGCAAUCUGUUGAUCGUUAUUAUACAAAGAGUACCGUUGUUGGCCUCGAGCGCGACUUUUAUUAUUGGAACACAACAAUGCCCGGUGUGACCAUAUGUCCAUUAAUACGUUUAGAUGAGGAACGAGUUCGACAAUAUAGCCGUCAACAUGAUUUGAAUGAAAAUGAAUUCCAAGAGCUGUAUAAUUUUCUGGAACAUCUGGCCAAUGCCACCUAUCACAAUUUCCAUAACAUACCCAAUAAUCGCAGCAUUGCGGUACUGCUGGAUCGUCUCAAGAUAACACCGAACAUCUACCAGGAACUAAUUUACAAUUUAACCGGUGACAGUACGAUGAUAACGAAAAACGAUUUCAUAGCCGCUACCGAUAAAGUUCGCAGUACAUCGGGUGAUAGUAUUAUAGAAACGAGACAAAUCUUCACCGAAUAUGGGUUGUGCUACAUGACUAAUACAAUGCUGUCGGAGGAAUUCACCUCCCAUUAUAUGAUAUGGGGUUAUGAAAAUAAGAAGGAAAUUCAAGGUGUGGAUAAUAUUUUGAAGGUUAAGCAUAGCAGCUACUUCGACAGUGAUGUCAGUUAUAAUUUUUUGGGGUUCGGUAGUAAACCAAUUGAUGGUUUUCUGCACAGUCCAUAUGAAAUAAUGCAGGUGGAUCAUAAUUUGGGUUAUACCAGUGAACCUCUACAGGUGGAUGUUGAGUGCGUGGAAAUUAUAACUGAGGAUGGUUUUGAAAAGGAUGCCACAAUUGAACAGCGUAAAUGCCGUUUCCAGCAUGAAUCCAAUUUGACCCAUUUUCCAGUGUAUUCGAAAAAUAUUUGCAUUCAAGAAUGUCGUCUGAAUUUGGUCUAUAGUAUUUGUAAAUGUAUACCGCAUUUUUAUCCGAAUCGAAUUCCAAAUCCCAAACCUAUUUGUGAUUAUCGCAUUCUUUUGGACUGUUUUAUACCACAUGAAGAUUAUUUCAUAAAAAUGUAUAAAAUAAGUAAGGAUGGCGAAAGAGAUUCGGUUCCGUGUCAUUGUGUGCAGAAUUGUCGAGAUGCAAUUGUCAAUAAGAGAGCAAAAUAUCAUAUGCAAAAAACAAAUGAUCUAGUGGGUGGCAAUAGUCUACUCUUUGCAAUGAUCAAUUUACCCACCUAUCGUUUGAAGCGACAAAUAAUUUUCUCAUUUACCGAUUUGAUGGUGUCAAUUGGUGGUACAGCUGGCUUCUUUUUGGGAUUUAGUGUUUUGUGUUUAGUCGAAGUUAUCUAUUAUUUUACAUUGAGAGUUUUGUUUUAUUUUGUGAAAAUGCU